GGAGCAGGCGCAUCCACGAGUCAAACAUGGCAGCCGGGCGCGUCGCAAAGGGAAGGCUCGGAUAUGUCGUCAUGCUGAAGGGGACGCGGGCGGGGCACGGCGGGCGACAUAAAGCAGGGCGGCUGCAGCGUCGUUUUAUAAAGACGUACGGGGACUUUCGACUUUGGACUUGAAGCCAAUUGAAUCACACGCCAUGCAUCUCUCGUCGUAUCUUGCCUUGCUGGGCGCCUGCGGUGGUGCCUGGGCAGCUCCCGUGGAGCAGGCACCGCUAGCCGGGAACGGAGCACCACGAGUCUUCCGCGCAAAGACACCCUACACACCAGACCAUCGCGAUCCGUAUGAUCGCAAGGUCGACUCAAUUGGCGACAAGCUGAAUCCGCUGCCAUGGAGAAACGGCGAUGGAGCAACCAUGCUGGGCCCGCAGAACAAGGAGCGACAGCGCCAAAACCCAGAUCUGAUUCGGCCCCCUAGCACCGACCAUGGCAACAUGAAGAACAUGAGGUGGUCCUUUGCAGACUCGCAUGUUCGCAUUGAAGAAGGCGGCUGGACCCGUCAAACCACCAUUCGCGAGCUUCCCACCAGUGUUGAGCUGGCUGGUGUCAACAUGCGUCUUGACGAGGGUGUCAUUCGUGAGCUGCAUUGGCACAAGGAAGCCGAGUGGGCAUACGUUCUCGAGGGCAAGGUCCGCAUCACUGCUCUCGACACAGAAGGUGGCAGUUUUGUCGACGAUCUCGAGAAGGGCGAUCUGUGGUACUUCCCCUCUGGCCACCCCCAUUCGCUGCAAGGUCUCGCUCCUAACGGCACCGAAUUCCUACUCAUCUUCGAUGAUGGCAACUUUAAUGAGGAGUCGACCUUCCUCCUGACCGACUGGGUGGCUCGCACGCCCAAGAGCGUGCUUGCUGAGAACUUCCGCGUGCACCCCGAAGUAUUCAAUGCCAUCCCGCAGAAGGAAAAGUACAUCUUCCAGGGCCGCCAAGUAGGUUCCAUCGACAAAGAGAUUCCCAAUGGCCCGGGCUACAAGAAGUCAAAGCUGCAAUUCACCCACAAGAUGCUGGCACAGGAGCCAAAGAACACCACCGGAGGUAGGGUUCGCAUCACCGACUCCACCAACUUCCCUCUUUCCAAAACCGUCGCUGCAGCGCAUCUUGACAUCGAGCCUGGCGCAAUCCGAGAGAUGCACUGGCAUCCCAGUGCGGACGAAUGGAGCUAUUUCAUCAAGGGUCGCGCUCGUGUAACCAUCUUCGCUGGAGAGGGUAACGCAAGGACCUUCGACUAUCAGGCUGGAGACGUUGGCAUCGUUCCCAAGAACAUGGGUCAUUUCAUUGAGAACCUGAGCGACGACGAACCUCUUGAGGUACUCGAGAUUUUCCGCGCCUCAAAAUUCCAGGACUUUUCGCUGUUCCAAUGGCUCGGCGAGACGCCCAAGAAGAUGGUUGUGGACCACCUCUUCGCAACGGACAAGAAGUCUGGCGAGAAGUUUUUGAAAGCUAUCGAGGACGCCGAGGAGGACCCCAUCAAGGAUACGGAUACGAGUGGCUGGGACGAUGAACAAGACAAGGAAGAGUUGUGAGAGUAGUCGAACUACUUACUGCAUUUCGCCCUCGCAUUGCGACGUGCGAGGCGUUUUUGAAGUUUUCUUUUGGUUGACAGGAUGUGGUUAAGAUGAUCUGGAGCAGCUUAACUCACAACUUAGCGCAGCUACUAUUGGUCGUGGCACUUUUCGUUGCUUGCAAAAUCACAUAACGUGAACAAUCCUCCGCAAGUCUGACUUGUCUCCUUAUUAUAUCGGUUCGCGUUUUCUUCGACGCCCGAUGGCAGAUACCCACCCACACAAUUGAACUCGAUGUCGGUUGUCACGGUACACUGGCCGCCGAGUACUGUCCAGAUAUACUAUUUCCUUUUGUUUAUUUACAGUGUUCACGAGUUCUCGAUUGAUACGAUGAUAAAAUAUUGGAAGAUGAUGUGUUAAAAUUG